AAAUACAAAAUGGCAAGCAAGUGGCUGUAUCCGCAGCACUGGGACAAAAAACCCUCUCUUUCACUCUUUAGUUGUUUCAGAGACGCUACCGAGCGAGAAAGUUCGCCGACGCUUCGCGGAAACUUCUCGGAUUCCUCUCGCAAAGAUUUUUCAGAUUUUGCUGUUUGGCUGCUCGGAAAACGGAAGACAACUGGAAUCCGAGUCGUAUUUUUGACGUUUGUUUGUUUGUUUGUUGGUGUGUGUCUGCGUAUGGGAAAUGGAAUUUUAAAUUUUGAAUUCUGAAUCUUCACAUUAAAGUGAAAGUUAGCUCUGUGUGAUUUGGAAGUUUUUGUGUGAUUGUUUUUUUUUUCCCUUUCACUUUCUCAGCAACCAAACAGGAGGUUGAGUUUUCGAGAACGGUGAAAGAAGAUGCAGACGAGGUACAUGGAGAGAUCCAACAGUAUGGCGAGGGAGAAGCGAAGUUUGGAUUCUUCUUCAGCUGAAGAAGGCCAGCCGGAUAGGAAACGUCCUGCUCUCGCUAGUGUAAUUGUUGAAGCUCUCAAGGUGGAUAGUCUGCAAAAGCUUUGCUCGUCUUUGGAGCCGAUUCUACGUAGAGUUGUUAGCGAAGAGGUGGAGCGUGCUUUAGCAAAAUUAGGCCCUGCCAAACUUACUGGAAGCAGGUCUUCUCCUAAACAAAUUGAAGGGCCCGAUGGAAGAAACUUGCAGCUGCAUUUUAGGUCCAGGUUGUCCCUUCCUCUUUUUACUGGCGGAAAAGUAGAAGGGGAGUGGGGUUCUGCAAUCCCUAUUGUCUUGAUUGAUGCAAAUACAAAACACAUCGUGACAUCAGGUCCGGAGUCUGCGGUGAAAUUAGACGUUGUUGUGCUUGAAGGUGAUUUUAACAACGAGGAUGAUGAGAACUGGACGCAAGAAGAAUUUGAGAGCCAUGUGGUGAAAGAGCGUGAAGGAAAGAGGCCACUUCUUACUGGGGAUCUGCAAAUUACACUGAACGAAGGUGUAGGAACACUUGGGGAAUUGACAUUUACCGAUAACUCUAGCUGGAUUAGGAGCAGGAAGUUUAGGCUAGGACUGAAAGUUGCUUCGGGCAAUUGUGACAACAUUCGUAUACGGGAAGCAAAAACAGAAGCCAUCACUGUUAAGGAUCACCGUGGGGAAUUGUACAAGAAACACUACCCGCCUGCGUUACAUGAUGAGGUCUGGAGAUUAGAGAAAAUUGGAAAAGAUGGAUCAUUCCACAAGAGGCUGAAUAAAGCUGGAAUUGUUACAGUUGAAGACUUCCUACGACUUGUGGUUAGAGACUCGCAGAGACUGCGGAAUAUUCUUGGAAGUGGCAUGUCAAAUAAGAUGUGGGAUGGACUCAUACAGCAUGCAAAAACUUGUCUUCUUGGUGGGAAACUCUAUGUCUAUUAUCCUGAGGAUGCAAGGAAUGUUGGUGUUGUUUUUAACAAUAUCUACGAGUUGAGUGGCCUAAUUACCGAUGAACAAUUUUACUCUGCUGAUUCUCUCUCGGAAACUCAGAAGGUCUAUGUGGACGGUUUGGUAAAAAAGGCAUACGACAACUGGAUGCAUGUUAUGGAGUAUGAUGGAAAAUCUCUUCUAAGCGUUAAGCAGCAGAAAAGUCCAGAUGUUUCUCUACCUGAGGUCCCAAUGGCCUCGCAAGAUUAUCCAAACUCAUGUGAACAGCAGUUCACCCUACCUAGCCUGCUAGCUUCAGUUUCUUCACAACCGCCUCCUAUGGAUUCCGGCCUAAACGUGGGAGGUUAUGAUGAUGGCAUGGCUGCCAGAUUCCCAAUACAGUCACAGAAUGGAAAUCUGAAUGCUCCAGUUCAGCUCGAUGACUUGUCAUUUCCUCUACAGAAUCAGCUGCCUAGCAUUUCACACCAUACGCAUUUUCAAAGAAAUGAAAACAUGCUUUCCCUUGGUCCACUACAGUCGUCCACAUCAGGCUUCCAGAAUAUCGGCACAUCCAAUCUAUCUUCUUAUAGGGGAGUCGAGGACCUCUUCCCAGAGGAAGAAAUUCGUAUGAGGAGCCAUGAGAUUCUUGAAAAUGAAGAUAUGCAGCAUCUGCUUCGUGUGUUUAACAUGGACGGUCAGGGUCAAGGCCACAGUUAUGGUCAUUCCUCCAUGAACGUCACUGAAGACAAUUAUCCUUAUUCGUCAUCAUACAUCCCCACUCCACAAGCGGACUACAGUAUUGAUGAUGAUCGGAGCCGUUCAUCUGGGAAAGCUGUUGUUGGCUGGCUCAAGCUCAAGGCAGCCCUUAGAUGGGGCAUAUUCGUCAGAAAGAAGGCUGCUGAGAGACGGGCUCAGCUUGUUGAGUUGGAUGAUUUGUAAAUAUCACAUGGACGAGGCAAAGUUGAUCCGAUGUUGGUGUCUCUAGGCUUCAUUUCUCCCUGCCUGCCUUAUUCCUGUCACGCUGCAGUUUCUGACUGAGAGUACUACGGUUGUGGACAUUAAUUGGCGGGUACAACCUCAAGCUCGAGCUCUUGUGAUGUUUCUUGAAUAUAAGCCACCGAUCUUGGGACAUCUCCGUGCGUGUACAGUUCAUGUGCAGUCAGCUUAUGUCUUCCAUCGACACCUUGCUUUACCGUUGUGUUUUACUGCAAGGGUUGUUUAACAACAUUCUUGCUUGCAAGUUCCGAAACCAACACAGGUUGAGCUGUUUCAACUUAAGGCCUUUGCUCCUACGAGACUAGCGAGAUUUUGGCUGGGAAUUGUUCCUGCGGCUAGAGAGAGCCAAGGGUUUUUUCAUGUUUACAUUUCCACGUAAUUAUGGCGGUUAUGUUAGUUAAAAUUGUGGCGUCAACUUCCGACACCAGCAAUAAGAAGUUUUAUGUUGAUUUAUAUUCAAUGUACCAUCAGAGCUUCCGACGUA